AUGCCAGAUGAGAGUCCAGUAAAAAGGAAAAUUGAAUUGGAAGAAUUGAAUGAAAAUUUAAAAAGAACUAAAUCAAUAGGACAUGAAGAUUUAAAAUCAAUAGUAAUAAAUGAAUUUAAAAAUUUAUUUGAAAAUAGAAUUGCAAGAUUAGAAGCUAGAGUGAAAUAUCUAGAAGAUGAACUAGAUUUGAAAGUAGAAGAUCAAGAUAAAAAUUCAGAUUCAAUUCAUAAUGAUAAUGAUAAUAAUGAUAAUAAUAAUGACCAAAGUAAUGAUAAACAAAGAGGAGAAAAUGAUAUUGACGUGGACGUACUGAGAGAUGAUGAAGAAAUUAAGAGCAAUGAAAAAACUGAAACUUCAAAGAAUAUACCUCCAGCUUUACCACCAAGGGCUCAAUUUGGUGGAAGCAAUACCUUUCAAUUUAAACCAAACACUCAAAACCAAGAGGCCAAAUCACCUUCAACAAGCAAUAAACCGGUUUUUGGAGCCACCACUCCAUUUGGAAAUAUAAACAAACAUAAUUCAACAAAAUCGGAGCAGAAUAAUCAAAAAACAGAACCAAAAGUAGUACCAGUUAGUUCAAAACCUGUAUUUGGAGCAACAACAUCAUUCGGAAAUAUGAAUAAAAACAACAACAACACGAAAGAAAAAGAAAAUCAAGAUGAAAAUAUAAACAAAUCCAAAUCAACAACGCCUUCAGCAGGUGGGUUUAGUACAUUUGGUUCAAAAUCAAGAUUUGGAAACGCGUUUCAAGAAUCAAUUAAACAAAAAUCAUUUUUAGACUCUCCAUCAUCAUCAUCAGGUACAACAACAAACCAAGAUGGAACGAAAGAACAAGGAACACAUAAAGAUGGUGAGAAUGAAGAUGAAGAGGAAUCAGGAAAGUCAACAAAUAAAGAUGCAUUACCAACUUCAACAGCAACUCAACAAUUUAAACAAGUUGAUUUAAAUCCAAUUGAACAAACAACUGGUGAAGAAGAAGAAAGUUCUAAAUUUAAUUGUACAGCAAAAUUAUUUGAAUUAAAAUUAACAUCAAUAGACGAAGGUUGGAAAGAAAGAGGUGUUGGACCUUUACAUUUAAAUCAAUCAAAUAAUUUUAAAAAUCAAAUACGAUUAGUAAUGAGAUCUCAAGGAUUAUUAAAAGUAAUAUUAAAUUAUAAAAUUCAAAAAGAUACUGAAAUUUUAAAAGGUUUAGAAGCAAGUUUAAAUCCUGGUAAAUAUUUACGUUUAAAUUCAUUAUCUGAUGGUAAACCAAUUCAAUAUUUAUUAAAAUUUAGUAAUGAACGUAUAAGAGAUGAAUUGAUUAAUAAUAUCGAAGAAUUACAAAGGGAAAUAUGA